AUGGCCACCAAGGUGCCAAUCUACCUGAAGAGAGGCAGCAGGAAAGGCAAGAAGGAGAAACUCCGGGACAUCCUCUCUUCCGACAUGAUCAGCCCUCCCUUGGGAGACUUCCGCCACACCAUCCACGUCGGCAGCGGCGGCGAGAGCGACACCUUCGGGGACAUCUCCUUCCUCCAGGGCAAGUUCCCCCUCCUGCCCCGGACCGAGAGCGGCAGCUACGACUCGGACAAGGACAGCCCCGAGGCGUCUCCGUUCGAGUUCUCCCGGACGGCCACGCUG